CGUAUUAGAAACACUCUAGAACAAACGAAUUUUCAGCAGACAUAAAUCCAAUGGACUUUAUCAACAACUGUGACGUGGUGGUGUCGCCUACUCAUGUGGUGGACGACGAUGUUUUCGUCAAUCUGGACGCAUUUGAUAUGCUGGGCGAAUUUCCGGACCUGGAAGGCUUAGAAACCAGCCACGCUUCCCUUUUAGAUGUGAAUCCGUCCGAAGCGCACAGAACCGGAGCCGGAAAGGGCCCAGCCAAUCAGAGCGCCCACCAACAAAGCCACCACCAAUCCCAGCCCAAUGUCGUACACCAUCCGGAUGGAGCAGCGAACGCUAUCACGGACUAUUCGCCAGAGUGGGCGUAUCCAGAAGGAGGAGUUAAGGUGCUGGUGACCGGACCUUGGCACUCCUCCGGCCCCUACACGGUCCUUUUUGAUACAUUCCCAGUGCCCACCACGUUAGUACAAAGCGGAGUCUUAAGGUGCUACUGUCCAGCUCAUGAGGCUGGCCUGGCCACGCUCCAAGUUGCCUGCGACGGCUACGUGAUCUCCAACUCUGUGAUGUUUGAGUACAAGCUUCCGCCGAAAGAUGGGCAGAUGAUCGCCCCCGAACCGAAAGUGGAGCGAUCCAACGAUAAUUUGCUGAAAUUCACUUUGCUCCAAAGGCUGGAGGCGAUGGACGAUCGGCUUCAAAUCAAACAAGAACCGUCCGACAACGACGUGGUUGAAGACACCGCACUGUUCACACAACCGAACUUCGAGGACCGCCUGGUCAAUUUCUGCCAGAAUAUGACGUCGCGCAUAUGGAAAUUUGGCGAAGAACUAAGCGUGGCCUGGUUUGCCAGUCACAGAGGAAUGACUUUGCUGCAUCUGGCAGCCUCUUUGGGCUAUUCCCGGCUGGUGUGCGCGAUGCUGCACUGGAGGGCGGAAAAUUCCUCGCUGCUUCUGGAAACCGAAGUGGAUGCUCUCAGUCAGGACGAGUUCGGAUACACGCCAUUGAUGUGGGCCUGCGAGCGAGGCCACACCGAAACAGCCGUGAUGCUCUACAAGUGGAACCACACCGCUUUGAACGUGAAGAACAAGCAGAACCAAACCGCGCUGGAAUGCGCCCGCAACAACAACCAAACGGAGCUGGUGGAUGAACUGGAAAAGCUGGAACUGCGAAGGGAUAAGGCGAACAUGAUGCUGCAUUCGGGCCAGUCUUCCGUUGACAACGUUUCGCCUACAGUGAUGAGCCCAGCUAGUAGUGUGGGGUCUUUGGCUUCAAUUUCGUCAAACGGCAAAAGCCACGAUGGAGUUUUCUUGCGACCCGGCGCCAUCAUUAGAAAUGACUACAGCAAAAAAUUCCUGAGCAUCGAUUUGGACCAAGAGAACAACAACAAGUAUCUAACGUCUUCGCACAGUCCGUUGCUCUCGGACCUUUCGUCCAGCACAAGAGGAAGCAGCGGCCAGAAACUGAUCAAGAGACCUUCCAUCGAUAGUGGCAUUCACAUGAACUGCGGCUCCAAUCUGGAAAGUUCCUCUAGGCCCAAAAGCUCCAAAGUGGGUUCCAGGGAUUGCAUCCGACUGUCCAAAAUCGAUAGGAGUAUGUCUCUGCCACUUCAGUCUUCCCUCUCCACAAGAGACAAUUCCUUUGAGUCGGAUAUUUUGGAGGCUGUGGGCCGAAGAACGGACUUUGCGCUGUGCGAAAUAGGAACAGGAGCAGGCAGCAAUAGUCCUUUAAUUGAUGUGGAAGCUGUUAGCGAUGAAGACGACCAUGAUAUCUGCUCAGGCAAUGCAGUAGGGGAACAAGACGCCAGAGUGCUCACAUUAGCUGAGCAAAUUAUUGCCGCCAUUCCGGAUCGGAUCAAGAACGAAUCUGAGGACAUGCUGAUGGAAAAUAGUCCGGGGCCGCCCGAUACUCAGCAACCAUCCGAAUCCCUCUACGACGUCUACAUGGAACCACUGUUGGAACCUUCUUCGUCCAGCUUCGAGUCUUCGGAGUUUAACUUUGAAUUUUCCGAUCACAACUACAGAUACUAUGAUGUGGCCACGCCUCAAUCCAGCUUAAGUCCAGCGUCAUCAAGUUGUCUUCAGUCGCCCUGUUCCUUCACUCUGGAUUCGCCGUCGCCGCCACCGACUACUGCAGAUUUUUGCGAAUUCUUCCAAGCUUCCGGCACCGUUUUCGAAAAGGACUUUUCCAACUUAACGCUAUCAGACCGAGAGCAGCGCGAACUCUACGAAGCAGCGAAGAUUAUCCAGAAAGCGUAUCGUUCCUACAAAGGACGACAACAGCAGGAACAGGACAAGGAACGGCAGGCUGCGAUCAUAAUCCAGAACUACUAUCGAAGAUACAAACAGUACGCGUAUUACAAGCAAAUGACGCACGCUGCCACCGUGAUCCAGAACGGAUUCAGGUCAUAUUGUGAACAUAAACGUUUCAAGAAGAGCCAGGAGGCCGCAGUUUGUAUCCAAAACUAUUACAGAAACUACAAGGAAGCAGGGGGUAGAGGGAGUCGAGAAGGAACCCCGGCCAGUUCAGGGCUCAA